AUGCCGCCCAAACUCCGUUCUUCAUCCCGCGGUCCGUCCAACACUUCGCGCCAGUCAACCCCCCUUGAUGCUCCCGUGCCAAGUAAACGCCCUUCGUCGUUUAUUGAGCCUGCGAGAUCUAAGAAGCAGCGCCGCACGGGGCGCAGCAGUCGCGUCGGUACCGAUCUUUCCCACGACGACUCGGCGCAGAAUACAGAACAAGGCUCAAAGGAUCGUGCGGAUCGCGGGUUGACACAUAUUGGAGGACAGGCAAGCUGGACCGAGCCUCCACUGAGAGAUCCCGUUCCGAGUUACGCCGACAGUCCAUGGUCGGCUGUGUCCAACGCAGCCAAUCCGAUCCUGGCCACCAUGCGUCCUCUGGGAGCUAUGCCUACAGCGGCGGACUUGCGCAAAGUCGGACUGAAGCCAGCAAAGCCUGUUAAACCGAUCACUCCUAUGAGCAAGGAGCUUCAGGCCUUGCAGAACGAGCUGUCGCAGAAUGAAACAUCGCAGAAUGAAACAUCGCAGAACGAAGAAACUCCAGUUUCGCAAGGCGAAACACCCCAGAUGUCGCCGACGGAAGUGCUCCAGCUAUCCCAGAAUGUGAAUCUUCAGGCCUUACAGAACGGCGAUGAUCGCAUCCAAAAACUCCAGGGCUCUGCGAUGGUAGCUGGAGAAAUCCCGGCCAAUGGCUCGAAAAAACUCUGCUCCUACGAGGACAUUGAUGCUCUCAUGUCGCUGCCCCUUUCAGACUCCGUGAAGCUGAAUUUGGAUCAAACCAAGAAGAUUCUGACGGAGGCCUUGCGACUGGCUGCAGACACGAAUAAUCGCCCGGUUGUGAAAGGAUUAUUCAAUCUGUGGAGGAAAGGUACCCAGGAUCCCAUGAUUAUGUCCGUACUCCAUGCCAUGUGCACCCAAGAUCCUGGCGACCGCAACAGAAAUGCAUUCAGCACCAUGAUGCGUGCUGCCUGGUUGGAGGUGCGGAAUCAGAACCAAUUAGAUGCCCCCCCGACGGCUGACACAACUCGCACUCUGGACACCUCCCUCACUAUUGCACCAAUCGACAUGGUUCGCACUCAAUCCGCUACUACUGCUACUUCGUUAUCGUCAGCCAUGUCUCUCGAUGCUGAAGCGCCUGCACCUAUCUCAGUGUCUACUCCUGUUGCACCGGCAUCAUCUCGUGCCAAGACUCGUGGCAAGGGCAAACAGACCCGCAGCAGUAUUGCCAAGCUGAUCAGCAGAGAAACACCGAGACCAUCAACGCGCCAAUCCGCCCUCCCCUCAAGUGAGGCUCGUAAGCGGGCAAUGGAAGAAGAGCCAGACGUCUCUGAGGAGAUGAUCCGAGCGAAACGGCAGCGCCUGCAACAACCUUUACCGGAAAUUGUAGCCGAGGAAAGCACUCUGCGUUCAACAUUGGGCCACGAGCCUCUUACGAGCUCUGUAUCUCCAGAGCCCACAUUGACUGCAGAAAGGGAGGCAACACCAGAGCUUCCUAUGGUUAAUGGCAGAGAACGAUCUGAUUCUCCUGAAAGCAGUGGUGCUGAGGAUAAUCGGCGGCUGACUCCAACUCUUGACAGCGAAGAUUCUUUGGACAACAGUGAUCUCUGUCGCGAAUGCGGCGGCAGGGGUCAGCUACUCUGCUGCGAUGGCUGUGUGAACUCUUUUCAUUUCUCUUGCCUUGACCCGCCCCUGGAUCCUGCGCAUCCUCCGGAAGGAGACUGGUAUUGUCCGAAGUGCGAGAUCUCGCGACCAUUCGACAAGUUGCUGGACAAGGUCGGCCACACUACGAACAAGGAGAAGGAGUUUUUUUUGCCUGCUACGAUUCGAAAUUAUUUCGCCGGUGUCAAAACUGGAGCCAAGGUGGGCGAUAGGCUUGACCGCACAAGAUACAACGAAUCCUCCGUCAACCUCAUCAAUGGAGCGGGUCGCGGAUUGUGCAACGGCCACUACGAUGACCCCAACUUGCUGAAGAUCACCGAUUCGGAAGGCAAAAUCAUCUUCUGCCACCGUUGUGGUGGUACGAGCGAGGGCAGCAAGCCCAUUCUCCAAUGUGACUACUGUCACUUGAACUGGCAUUUGGACUGCAUGGACCCGCCGAUGGCCAAACCACCGAUACAAGAUCCAAAACUUGACAAACGCUGGCGUUGCCCGAACCAUGUCGAACACGACCUCUGGUAUUAUCACUGGAACGACGAGGGAGCGUACGAUAUGCGUAAGAUUCGGCGCCCCAAGCGUCCUCGCAUGAUCGACGUUAUGAUUCUUCCGGAGGAGGAGGAGUCUGAACAGGUCGAAAACGAACGGGAUGAGGGCAAUGGGAUUCUUUACCGGGUUUCUGAAAAGGGCAUCGAGCAUGCUUUCCUUGCGAAAAUCAAACGGGAACAUGCCGAAUACCAGUACGCCAAAGAACAGACCGACAGAUACUUUGAAGAGGCUAGAGCCAAACUCAACGAUCUUCAUGCCAAAGCCUUUGAGUUCUAUGCUUCCCAGCGACCCGCUCCUCUGGCGGAUGCCGAAACGGCGAUCGAUAGUUCGCGCACUGCAGCUGAUCGGGAAGCGGCCGAGAAUCUACUUUCCCUGGCCGAUAAUAUUCAGACCGACACCAUCAAGGAGAGCAAUCGCGUCUCUUAUCUCAUCGAUACACUGAGAUCUCAGGCCCCCGGCGACCUACCGGAAGCGGAAACAGAGAUCGAAUCGCUACGGAAUUUGCAGCACCUCAUUGAAAAGCGCAUCCAGGCCCUCGCGGCUUCGAGGGUUGCUAGGGCCACUCCUACGGAGACCGAUCUCCCUCAACCUGAUGGAGUGCCCGCUGUCGGGGGUGAAGCUGCCGAGGCUCCAGAUGAGUAG